CCUGGGUGACAGAGAAGACACUGUCACAAAAACAACAACAACAAAAAACAGCUUCUUCUGCUCAGGGUCCAUCCAUAAGGGCAUCUCUGAGAAUUAAAGGCUUUUAACCUCAAAACUGUGCCCCCCUACCCAAGGGGUUUCUGUAGUCCCCUCAAAGAACACUGAAUUCGGAUUUAGGGAGGAGAGAAGGAGAGACCCAGCUUUGGGAGACUUUGAUGUUAGAACUGUGUUUUCUGUGUGUUCCAGUGUGGCAGGAAGUCCCUUCCUGGAGUUUAUCCUCUUGCAUUCCGGAAUGGGUGCCUGGCCCAAUGAGCUCCUUGAAUCCUAAAUUCCCGCUGGGAAAUGGGACAGGUUUCAGCAUCUGAGGCUCACAGUCCUAACUGCUGCUGGCUGGUUUGGCUUUUACCAGGGUGACAGUUCUGUCUCCAAGGAAUAAAUUCACUGGCCUUUGUCCCCUUCCCCCAAUUGGCUCAUGGCUUUUGUCUUUAAUGACUGCUACGUAGGGUCUGAAGAAAACCCAAACACCAUAUUUCCUGGCAAUUCUGAGCAGCACAGGGUGGGGCAGCACAAGUUAUCAAAUUAUAUUCUCAAACACUGGCUGCUCCGCACCAUUGCCUUGCUUUAGUCCUGUUAUAGCAGUAGACAAAGGGAGUUUGCUUUGUGCUGUAUGGUUUUUUGCCAAAGUCCAUACUAGAUGGCGCAUGUUCUCCAACUUGGCUUUGUCCAUCAAGGUUCAAGAAAACAAUGGUCAGACAUAUUCCUCUUAACAAGCACAGUAUGUCCCCAAAUAGCAAAAAUCCAUACAGUCCUUUCUGGGUGAAUUUUUAAAUCUUAUGUAAAUCCAUCAACCCCAUCCUUUUUCCUUUGCCUGUCAGGAGAAAUUAAUCUAGCUUUAUAUUAAUUAUGCAUGUUAUCAGAUUUCAAGCUCCUUGAGAGCAGGUAUUUUAAUUCUAUAAAGCCUCUACGUGACCUUGGACAUGAGUAGGUGCUUAAUUACUCAAGAUGCUCCUUGAAUACAGACGGUACACGACCCACACAGAUCUUUACCACUUCCUCCCUCUCCCUACCCUGACUUGCCCAAUCCUGAAGGAACUGGAGACGUCUAAGUGUCUGAGGUUCACACUUCCACAGAGAAGCUUGGGUCUGUGUGGGAGGGAGGGAGGAAGGAAGCCACCUGUCCACAGGCCAGACCAGGCCACACCCUGCUGGCACCCAGAACCCUUUGUCCCAGGCCCAGCCCUGCCAUUUUACUUUCCUUUGUAUCUGGAAAGUACAGGAAAUAUAGUAGUCAUAUGACAAAAGAAGGAAGGGUUGAGUUUUAGAAUAGUUUACUCAAAAAAAAAAAAAAAAAAAAAAGAUAAAAGCCAAAGAGAAGGUCAAAGUUGACUGUGGAGAAGGCCUUGCAAGCAGGGAACUUGGGAAGAAUUAGAGGGAAUGAGUGAGAGAAGGCAACUGAGUUUGGAAAUAUUUUUUCUGACGAGCUUUUCUUUCCAAAUGCCACUGAACUUAGAUUGGUUUAGAAAGGGUUGUAGUACAUCAAAGUGGCUAGAAGCAUAGGUCUGGGGAUCAGAUAAGGAUUUCAUUCUAGAGUGUGAUCUUGUACAAGUUAUUCAGCCUUUCUAAACCUCAAAUUCAUACAACGUAAGAUGAAGAAAAUCACCUUCUGAAAAUUAGAGAUAACAUAUGCAAAGUGAAUCAAUACAGGGCUUAACAUAUUUAUCACCCCUUUGGUAAAUAACCAUGACGAUUACCAGAGCUGUUAAGGGCAGUGGCAGGUGAGAAGCAGAACUCAUAGGUGGUAAUCCCUGGGCCAGCCAGGCUCACCAUUCACCAUGUGCACUUGGACGGACAAGUCCUUGACUCCAUCAUUGUGAAAUGGUGCAGGGAUGCGCCACAAGGGUGUGGCAAGAUGGCUGACAACAGACUGGGAAGCCACUCGGCAGAAAAACUGGAUUGAUGCCCAUUAUGGCGAGAGGCAUCACCUCCCCUGUGUUCUGUGAUGUUUCAGUCUUAGAAAGACAAGCACCAUGUCUCUGACCAGUGCCUUCAGGGCUGUGGACAAUGACCCUGGGAUCAUCAUCUGGAGAAUAGAGAAAAUGGAGCUGGCGCUGGUGCCUGUGAGCACCCAUGGCAACUUCUAUGAGGGGGACUGCUACGUCAUCCUCUCGACCCGGAGAGUGGCCAGUCUCCUAUCCCAGGACAUCCACUUCUGGAUCGGGAAGGACUCCUCCCAGGAUGAGCAGAGCUGUGCAGCCAUCUACACCACACAGCUGGACGACUACCUGGGAGGCAGCCCUGUGCAGCACCGAGAGGUCCAGUACCAUGAGUCAGACACCUUCCGUGGCUACUUCAAGCAGGGCAUCAUCUACAAGAAGGGGGGUGUCGCCUCUGGGAUGAAGCAUGUGGAGACCAACACCUACAACGUGAAGCGGCUGCUACAUGUGAAGGGGAAAAGAAACAUCAGGGCCACCGAGGUGGAAAUGAGCUGGGACAGUUUCAACCGAGGUGAUGUCUUCUUGCUGGACCUUGGGAAAGUCAUCAUCCAAUGGAAUGGCCCAGAGAGCAACAGUGGGGAGCGCAUGAAGGCUAUGCUUCUGGCAAAGGAUAUUCGAGACAGGGAGAGAGGAGGCCGUGCUGAAAUAGGAGUGAUCGAGGGAGACAAGGAGGCAGCCAGCCCAGAGCUGAUGAAGGUCCUUCAGGACACCCUUGGCCGACGCUCCAUUAUCAAGCCUGCAGUCCCUGAUGAGAUCAUAGAUCAGCAGCAGAAAUCAAAUAUCAUGUUGUAUCAUGUCUCAGAUUCACCUGGGCAGCUGGCAGUCACAGAGGUAGCAACGAGGCCUCUGGUCCAGGACUUACUGAACCAUGAUGACUGCUACAUUCUGGACCAAAGUGGAACCAAAAUCUACGUGUGGAAAGGAAAAGGAGCCACAAAGGCUGAAAAACAGGCAGCCAUGUCUAAAGCGCUGGGCUUCAUCAAGAUGAAGGGCUACCCCAGCAGCACCAAUGUGGAGACUGUCAACGAUGGUGCUGAGUCGGCCAUGUUCAAGCAGCUGUUCCAGAAGUGGUCAGUAAAGGACCAGACCAUGGGCCUGGGGAAAACGUUCAGCAUUGGUAAAAUUGCUAAAGUUUUUCAGGAUAAAUUUGACGUGACUCUGCUACACACCAAGCCAGAGGUAGCUGCCCAGGAAAGAAUGGUUGAUGAUGGCAGCGGAAAAGUUGAGGUCUGGAGAAUUGAGAACCUGGAGCUGGUCCCUGUGGAAUAUCAAUGGUAUGGCUUCUUUUAUGGGGGAGACUGUUAUCUGGUCCUCUACACAUACGAGGUAAACGGGAAGCCACAUCACAUCUUAUACAUCUGGCAGGGCCGCCACGCCUCACAGGACGAGCGGGCAGCCUCAGCAUACCAGGCCGUGGAGGUGGAUCGGCAGUUUGACGGGGCCGCUGUGCAGGUUCGAGUCAGGAUGGGGACGGAGCCACGCCACUUCAUGGCCAUCUUCAAAGGGAAGCUAGUUAUCUUUGAGGGUGGGACUUCCAGGAAGGGAAAUGCUGAGCCCGACCCUCCGGUAAGACUCUUCCAAAUUCAUGGAAAUGACAAAUCUAACACCAAAGCAGUGGAGGUUCCAGCCUUUGCUUCCUCCCUAAACUCCAACGAUGUCUUUCUGCUGCGAACUCAGGCAGAGCACUACCUGUGGUAUGGCAAGGGGUCUAGUGGGGAUGAGCGGGCAAUGGCUAAGGAGCUGGCCAGCCUUCUCUGUGAUGGCAGCGAGAACACUGUGGCCGAGGGCCAGGAGUCCGCCGAGUUCUGGGACCUACUGGGAGGGAAAACUCCCUACGCCAGUGAUAAAAGACUUCAGCAGGAAAUUCUAGAUGUCCAAUCCCGUCUCUUUGAAUGUUCCAAUAAGACUGGCCAAUUCAUUGUCACUGAGAUCACAGAUUUUACCCAGGAUGACCUGAACCCCGGUGACGUGAUGCUCCUAGAUACCUGGGAACAGGUGUUCUUGUGGAUUGGGGCUGAGGCCAACGCAACGGAGAAGAAGAAUGCCCUUGCCACAGCGCAGCAGUACCUGCACACUCACCCCAGUGGCCGAGAUCCCGACACACCAAUCCUGAUCAUUAAGCAGGGGUUUGAGCCUCCCAUCUUCACAGGCUGGUUCCUAGCCUGGGACCCUAACAUUUGGAGUGCAGGAAAAUCAUAUGAACAAUUAAAAGAAGAGCUGGGAGAUGCUGCUGCUAUCAUGCGAAUCACUGCUGACAUGAAGAAUGCAACCUUCUCUGUGAAUUCUAAUGACAGUGAGUCAAAAUAUUACCCUAUAGCAGUUCUGUUGAAAAACCAGAAUCAGGAGCUACCUGAGGAUGUAAACCCUGCCAAAAAGGAGAAUUACCUCUCUGAACAGGACUUUGUGUCUGUGUUUGGCAUCACAAGAGGGCAAUUUGCAGCUCUGCCUGGCUGGAAACAGCUGCAAAUGAAGAAAGAAAAGGGGCUUUUCUAAAGCAAGAAGGCCUGUAUCUAUUGCAAGGCCACAGAAGAGAUCAGAUAGUGCCAGUAUCAGGAAAUAAUUUAUCCACCAAUUUCUGCCUGACAUUCAGCUACUUAAUUUAGAUAUAAUAGAGUCUGAAAAUCACUGUUCUCCAUUUUUUUUCAUCCUUGCAUUCCUUCCUUGUUAUAUACCUAAAAUGUUAACCACAUAGUUUUUGGGUUUUGUGGCCCUCUAGCUAAAGCCUCAGCAGAAAGCACUAAAACUGCAUAAAUCUGGAGAAAUUGAAAGAAAGAGAACCAAAAAACAAUGCUCAAAAUGUUUAAUAACUUUGUUUAGUAUUAUACCAGGACCUACCUUUGUUUUCAAUUUUAAGAUCAUUAUUUCUAAAAUCUAUUUAACCUGUAAAUCAUUUCAAAGCAUUUUUAACUUUUCAAAUAAAGAUACCUCUAAUGAAC